AUGAAUUCAAAACGCAAAGAGCCUACUUCUGGUGCAGGAACAACUAAAAGGAAGGAACUACAUGGCACAACUAGCAUUCGCGCGCUGUCUGGAACAAGGGGAGAAAAACUUGAUGGUGCCGUCUUUUAUGGCUAUAAAUUCGACUUCCCAUGUGACAUCGCUACUGAGCUAUAUUCUGGACUUAUUUUUCUGAUCGAGUCGGAGCUUGCUGAGGAUGUGGGGAAUACCGAGUUGGAGCUUUACUUGAAAUCAAGUAGAGUUAAGGCUUCUAUUUCUUCCUGUGGGGAAGUUCAUUUGGAUGGAGAACAGAUGGCAAAAGCAAAGCUCUUCCAGGAAUUUUUCUUUAAUGGAUUGUUUGCAAAAUUGUUCCAUCCGACUGGAAAAGAGAGAGAGUUUUUACUUAAGAAGGAAACAAGAAGCUUGUGGAGGCAAUCAUACAUGUAUUUGGUUCUUCCACAUGAGAAAUUGAAUCAAUCUUGGGGAAUAAAUUGGAGUGGGAUUAAUUCUUGUGUUUCUGCCGUAGAAUUCUUGAAGCAAAAUGUACUGCUAGGUGCUCAGCAUUGCAAUGGUGACCCAAGGAAGUCAUUAUCAAGCACAAGUUGCUCAUCUGGAUCUGGGAUAUUCCACUUAGCUGAUUGCUCAGUUGAUGAAAAAAAUCUCAACGAUAUGGUGGUAGUGGCCAUCCACAAUGGAAAUGUAUAUUCUGUUUUCGAGGUUUUGAGUGACACAUCUGCCGAGAGUCCUUUUGAAUCAUCACGAUACAGCUCCUAUGCUGAUUACUUCCACAAAAGAUAUGGGGUUGUGCUCAAGUAUCCAGGUCAACCUCUGUUGCGGUUGAAGCAAAGCCAUAAUCCACAUAAUCUUCUCCUGAACUUCAAUGGUGAAGUUGGCCGUGUUAAUGGAAAGGAACAUAGUAUGUAUGCCCAUAUGCCUCCUGAGCUUCUAGUCUAUACCGGUGUUCGAAGAGAUGUUUUAAAGUCAUUUUAUCUACUACCAUCAUUGAUUCAUCGCUUGGAAUCCUUGAUCUUAGCCAGCCAACUCAGAGAAGAGAUUAGUAGUGGUCAUCCUAGCAGCUUACAGAUAUCAAGCUCAUUGAUCCUAGAAGCACUAACAUCAAUUCGUUGCAGUGAAGAUUUUUCCAUGGAGCGUUUGGAAUUGCUUGGCGAUUCAGUCCUAAAGUAUGCUAUAGGCUGCCACCUUUUCCUAAAAUAUCCCAACAAACAUGAAGGAGAAUUAACUUCUCUGCGGCAGUCUGUAAUUUGUAAUGCAAACCUGCAUAAACUAGGAAUAGGCCGAAGCUUACAGGGAUAUAUUCGUGAUGGUGCUUUUGAUCCGCGCCGUUGGGUUGGUCCGGGACAGCUCUCUGUAAGACCUGUUCCUUGUGAGUGUGGAGUGGAUAGUUUAGAAGUACCGGUAGAUAGCAAGUUUCAAACCAGCAGCGAGGUUGUGGUUGGCAAGUGCUGUGAUAAGGGCCAUAGAUGGAUGGGUUCAAAAACAUUCUCUGAUUGUGUUGAAGCACUUAUAGGAGCUUAUUAUGUAAGUGGUGGAUUGCCUGCUGCAGUUCAUUUUAUGAAGUGGCUCGGCAUUGAUGUAGAACUUGAGCCAACCUUGGUUUUGGAAGCAAUUGCUACUGCAUCACUUCAUUCUUACAAUGCUACAGUGGAUGAUGAGAUUGGAAUCCUAGAGUCAAAGCUUGGUUAUGUGUUUUCUACCAAAAGUCUCCUACAUAAGGCAACAACACAUGCAUCUGAGCAAGGCUACUCUUAUGAAAGACUAGAAUUUCUUGGUGAUUGUGUGUUGGAUCUGCUUAUCACAUGGCAUUUCUAUCAGAACCACAAAGAUAUUGAUCCAGGCGAGUUGACAGACUUGCGUGCAGCUUCAGUUAACAAUGGAUACUUUGCUCAAGUUGCUGUUAGACACAACCUUCAACAGCAUCUACAACAUUGUUCUGGGUUUCUUCAAAGUCAAAUAACAGAAUAUGCUAACUCCCUAUCUGAACAUGACAAUGAUAUCAAACUACAAGGCACAAAAGGCCCCAAGGCUCUUGGAGACAUGGUGGAAAGUAUUGCCGGGGCAAUACUAAUCGACACUGAGCUAAAUCUCGAUGAAGUGUGGAGAGUAUACAGACCAUUAUUAUCUCCAAUUGUGACUCCUGAAAAACUUGAGCUGCCUCCCUUGCGUGAACUGAUUGAACUAUGUGGCUCGCUUGGCUACUUUUAUAAAGAAGAAACUGAAAAGAAGGGUGAAACAGUUCAUGCAAAGCUUAGUGUACAGCUGAAAGAUGAUUUGUUAAUUGGGGAGGGUAAUGAAAGGACUAAGAAAGCUGCAAAAGGAGAAGCAGCUCAUCGUUUAUUGAAGGAGCUUGAGAAAAGAGACAUUACGUAUUCCGGUUCUGCUAAGAAGGGAAAAAGGAAUGCUGAUCUAGUUGAUGAUUCAUCUCCAACAAAACGAAAGAAAACUGAAACCCUGCCUAUAGAGAAUAUUGACAGAAAAUUAAGUAGUCUGAAAAAUGAGGAUGUACCAGUUAUCAAAGCUAUCAACAUGAAGAAAGGAGGACCUCGAAUCUCGCUUUUCGAGCUGUGCAAGAAAUUACAGUGGCAAAUGCCGAGCUUCAAAUCAACAGAAAAGGAAUGCAGUUUUGUAUCGAAUAUAACCUUGUACAUACCUAACUUGGGCGAGAUUGAGUGCACAGGAGAUCCUAAGUCAGAUAAGAAGAGUUCACUAGACUCUGCAGCACUUGCCAUGCUUCUUGAUCUCAGAAGGCAGGGUAAGAUUAUCAUUGGUGGAUGA